AUGACAGGGGAUGUUGUCCCACUUCCCCAGCAGGGGGACACAGCUGCAGCAGCACCCAUCCCUAGCUCAACCCCUGGGGAGCCAAUGGAUGUGGAGUGUCCCAUCUGCUACCAAGAGUACAACCAGUACAACAAAUGCCCCCGGAUGCUGGAGUGCCUCCAUGUUUUCUGCACCGAGUGCCUCCAGAGGAUCCAGCUCUGCUCCUCUGAUCCCGCUGACCCUCACAGCCCGCCUGCCAUCCCUUGCCCACUCUGCCGCCACCUCACCCUUUUAGAGGCUGGGGAUGCCCUCUCCUUACCCUGCAACUCCCACAUCUUGGCCAGGCUGCCCCCCGUGGCCUUCCACAUGCCUGUACCCAUGGCAACUCGUCUGGCAACAGUCACCCAGAGGGUGGUGUUGUCCCUGGAGGGCAACAGUAGCGACACCCGCUUCAUCAUCCUGCCCACCGUCAGCCUAAGGGUACAGCAGAUGGACCCGGACAGGUCGUACGGCACGGCGCCAGGCCUGAUGGGAGAAGAGGAAGUCAUACAGCAGAGUAAGAAGACGCUGUUCUGCGUGCAGCUGCUGGCUGUCAUCUUCUGGGUGCUGUUUAUGAUCACCUGUGUGGUUGGGGUUGUGUUUGGGCCACAUUUCUUAAACAGAAAACUCUAAAAAGAGAUUAGGAAUAUCCUUUAGUAACACAAUCAUAGCUAACAGGGGAAUCUCUCUGUAAAUCUAGAAGUGUUGGAAAAAAAAUAUUUUCUAAAAUUAUGUUUGUUGUGAAAAUAUAGUUGAAUGUUUUGGUUGCUAUCCAUGGCUCUAGCUCUUUAUUUACAGAAAAGCCCAUUUACAGUCAAAAAUAACAGCAUAGGGCUCUUCAUAGAUGAUAGACAGGCAGAGUGCUCCCUCUAGUGGUUAAAGUGGAAAUGACAAAGCCAAGGAAUAUAAAACUAAAAUACAUUUCUUUUUUUCCUUCACAGUUUCAACAUUUUUUCCAUGCUUGUUUGAUUAUUGCUAAUAUAUACUAUUAUUAAAUUAUUAUCCUUCUGAUGGCU